AUGGCGACGAACGAGAGAACCGUCGCGUCCGUCGACCCCGACGUCGCGCUCGCCUACAGGUUCCCCGAGGUCUCCUUCGCCUACGACGAGAGGUGCGUGCGGACCUCAGCUCCACGCCGUACGUGCUCACGCCGUCUCCGUGCUCCCUGCAGGGACGUGGCGCUCUACGCGCUCGGCGUGGGGGCCUGCGGCGCGGACGCCGUCGACGACAAGGAGCUCCACCUCGUGCACCACAGGGACAGCCAGCGCCACAUCAAGGUGCUUCCUACCUUUGUUUCUUUAUUUCCUAACAAGAACAGCAAUGGGCGUGGAAUUGUUAAUGUGCCUGGCAUUCACUUCGAUGAAAGCCUUCUAUUGCACGGUCAACAAUACAUAGAGAUCUACAAGCCAAUUCCUUCAUGUGCCAGUGUUGUAAACAAGGUUAAGGUAGCUGGUUUGCACGACAAAGGGAAAGCAACAAUUCUUGAGAUUGAAACUACGACCAGUCUCAAGGAUUCUGGCGAAGUGUUAUGUAUGAACAGGAGCACUAUUUUCUUGCGUGGUGCGGGAGGUUUUUCGGACUCUUCCAGGCCAUACUCGUAUACAACUUAUCCUGCCAACCAGAUUUCUCGCAUUUCUAUUCCAAAUUCUGCACCUUCCGCAGUGCAUGAAGACCAGACACAACAAUCCCAGGCACUCUUAUACAGGUUAUCUGGGGAUUAUAAUCCUUUGCAUUCAGACCCUAUGGUUGCACAGAUUGCAGGAUUCACUCGUCCAAUACUGCACGGCCUCUGCACUCUGGGGUUCGCGGCCAGGGCAGUCAUCAAGUCUUUCUGCAACGGGGACCCAGCAGCGGUGCGGAACAUCUUCGGCCGGUUCCUGCUGCACGUCUACCCCGGCGAGACGCUGGUCACCGAGAUGUGGGUCGACGGCCAGAGGGUGCAGUACCAGACCAAGGCGAAAGAGCGUGACCGCGCCGUGCUUUCCGGAUACGUGCUGCUCAAACACAUCCCCUCAUCAUUGUAA